AAAACUGACGUCAUUAACAUCCAGUGCAAAGACUGCCGGGAACGUCACAUAUGCGCCGCCAUAUUGGAUUUAAAGGGGUCGCUGCUGGGGAUUCCGACAAAGGAACGAGAGUUGGUGUAUCUGUGCUAAAGCCAGAAAAAUCGUCCGGACCGGGCGCAACAGUCGCGCCAGUGGUACCAGGGAGAGGUGAAGUUGCCAGAUGUGAUAUUUUGCAUUUCAUCAUCAAAGAGACCGGAGCCUGUGGAGUAUACCCAUCCCGGCAGAGAAUACUGGGGCGUCUGCGGGGCAGAAGAUGUCCGCCAUGCUGUACCCGCCGCGGGAGGAGCGGCUGGAGAAGCUCUCGCAGGAGGAGAUCAUCUCCAACACCAAGCUGGUGAUGCAGGGCCUGGAGGCCCUGAAGACGGAGCACAACUCCAUCCUGCACAGCCUGCUGGAGACCAUCAAGUGCCUGAAGAAGGACGAGGAGGCCAGCCUGGUGCACGAGAAGUCCGGCCUGCUGCACAAGUCUGUGGAGAUGAUCGAGCUCGGCCUGGGGGAGGCGCAGGUGAUGAUGGCGCUGUCCAGCCACCUGAGCUCGGUGGAGUCGGAGAAGCAGAAGCUGCGGGCGCAGGUGCGGCGGCUGUGCCAGGAGAACCAGUGGCUGCGGGACGAGCUGGCCAACACCCAGCAGAAGCUGCAGAAGAGCGAGCAGAGCGUGGCCCAGCUGGAGGAGGAGAACAAGCACCUGGAGUUCAUGAACCAGCUCAAGAAGUACGACGCGGACGUGCCCCCCCCGGAGGAGAAGGACGGGGAGCUUCCGAAGGACAGUCUGGAUGACCUGUUCCCCAACGAUGAUGACGAGCAGGGCCAAGGAAUUAAGCCGCAGCACAACAGCGCAGCAUUAGCCGCUGCCCAGCAGGGGGGGUAUGAGAUCCCAGCCCGGCUGCGGACCCUGCAUAACCUGGUGAUCCAGUACGCCUCCCAGGGCAGGUACGAGGUGGCCGUGCCCCUCUGCAAGCAGGCCCUGGAGGACCUGGAGAAGACCUCUGGCCACGACCACCCUGACGUGGCCACCAUGCUCAACAUCUUGGCUCUAGUGUACAGGGAUCAGAACAAAUACAAAGAGGCUGCCCAUCUGCUUAAUGACGCUCUCUCUAUCCGGGAGAAAACCCUGGGCAAAGACCACCCAGCGGUUGCGGCUACGCUGAAUAACCUGGCUGUGCUCUAUGGCAAGAGAGGGAAGUACAUAGAGGCAGAACCCUUGUGCAAGAGAGCCCUGGAAAUCAGAGAAAAGGUGCUGGGCAAGGACCACCCUGAUGUGGCCAAGCAGCUGAACAACCUGGCGCUGCUGUGCCAGAACCAGGGCAAGUACGAGGAGGUGGAGUACUACUACUGCCGGGCCCUGGAGAUCUACCAGUCCCGACUGGGCCCCGACGACCCCAACGUGGCCAAGACCAAGAACAACCUGGCCUCCUGCUACCUGAAACAGGGAAAGUACAAGGAAGCAGAGAUUCUGUACAAAGAGAUUCUCACUCGUGCCCACGAGAAGGAGUUUGGAUCUGUGGAUGCUGAAAAUAAACCCAUUUGGAUGCAUGCAGAGGAAAGAGAGGAGAUGAGCAAAAGCAGACAGAGGGACAACACACCUUAUGCAGAGUAUGGUGGCUGGUACAAGGCUUGCAAAGUGAACAGCCCCACCGUUAACACCACGCUGCGGAACCUUGGCGCUCUGUACCGUCGUCAGGGCAAGAUGGAGGCUGCGGAAACCCUAGAGGAGUGCGCCACCAGGUCCCGCAAACCGGGCUCGGACCCCGCUAAUUCGGCACGCAUGGUGGAGGUGCUGAAGGGUGGAGAGGAUGCUCGCAGGCGCACCAGCGGUGUGAAGUAUGACAGCAGCUCUGAGGGUGGAGAGGAAGUGAAUGUGGGCGUGGAGUGGAAUGGGGAUGGGAGCGGGACCCUGAUGCGCAGCGGCUCCCUGGGGAAGUUACGGGACGUCCUGCGCCGGAGCAGUGAGAUGCUGGUGAAGAAACUGCAGGGGAACGGGCCCCCGGAACCCCACAACACCAACAUGAAGCGAGCGGCAUCUCUGAACUACCUGAACAAGACCAGUGAUGACUCCUUUCAGGGUCCUGGAGGCAGGAGGCUGAGGGAGAGCCGUGUCCUGAGCUCCAGCACAGUGGAUCUGUACAGCGGGAACUGAGCGAGCCCGACACCAGCCCCUGUCCCAAACACCCUGAACGCUCUGCCCCCCCGCAUACACCCCAUACACCUCUCACCCCCCAAACACCCCAACCCCCCUGCCCCACCAUACAUCCCAUACACCCCUCAAACCUCCAAACACCCCAAGAGAGCUAGGAGACACUUCCUUCUCUCUCUUAGCCAAUCAGGACAGAGCUGGGAGAUGCUUCUUCCACUCCCUCAGCCAAUCAGUGCAGAGCUGGGGGAACAUUGCUGUUACCUGGCUCAUUCCUCAUCGUGUCCCUAGAUGACCUAAACAUAUUCACAGAGUGUGUGAUGUCACAUACACGCACCUGUUCCCAGCAUGCACACACUCACACAUAUGCACAAACACUACUAUCAUGUAACUGGAGUUGUAAGAUUGAAUGUGGAAAUGUACACGGCUUGCUAUAUUUCAACUUUAUUUUUGCACAGUGCUAGCAUAUUUUAUGAAUUCCUGAAUUCCUGGAAUAUUUUAUUAAUUUUAUGAUUAAUGAAUUAUGAACACAAAACAUCUCAGUUAUUUUGGAAAAAUGGGGGGAGGGAAGAGCGAUUAAAAAUGUAUUUUCAAAUGUAUUUUUAUCUUUUAAAUUUUUAUUGUAAUUCUGAGAAUGGUACAGAUAUGAGCUUUGAAUGUAAAUUUUGUCUCCCAAACGUUCCACAGAUCUGGGAAACAUAGGAGAUCUCUGAUGCCCUUUUCCAUAAUCAGGUUUCUGUUGACCUCUUCUUUCCAGCUGAAUAAUUCUGGGUUGAUUCAAGUUCAGAGCUCUUAAACCCGUUGACAUCCGAGGGACAGGCUUAUCGCUGCUUUAACCAUGGUAGCCUUCCAAGUGAUUGCAUUCUUUCAGUGAGUUACAGGUACUCUCAUUACCUCCUCUGUGAUAUGGAUUUAGAAAAAAAACCUCAAUAAAUGGUGAAUUGCUCUUGA